UUCUAAACAGGGUUGUGUCGGUGCGUAUUGAUGGGUGGUCGUGGUCCUGACAGGGGGUGUGGUGGGCUCUUCUACAAGACAUUACUUUCAACAACAGCCACAUAACGUUUAGAGCAAAGAUGCAGACAAACGUAUAGUUCAAGCUCGGGAAGAAGAGAGGCAAAAAUAGCUUGAAACGGGGAAGAAUCCGUCAGCAGCGAGUCCUUUUGGACAUUAUUCAUAGUGUGAAGAUGCGGCUUCCAUGCUUCACCGUUUUUCUUCUCACGGUCUCUUUGAGCAUAGACAAGGGUACAGCUAAGGGUGGAUGCUCGGGGUCUUCAUGUGGUGGAUGUGACUGCAGUGGUGUUAAAGGGGCGAAGGGUGAGGUUGGGCUCCCUGGUUUGAUGGGCCUUGUAGGAUUUCCUGGAUUGCCAGGGCCCGAGGGCCCCCCAGGGUCAAUGGGACCAACGGGAGAUACAGGGGAGUCAGGAGCUCCAGGACUUAAAGGAAACAGAGGCCCACCAGGUGUGGCUGGUUUCCCAGGACGUCCAGGUAUUCCUGGUCUUCCAGGUCUAGAAGGGGCACCAGGACCUCACGGAAUCCCAGGCUGCAAUGGAACAAAGGGGGAGCGUGGUUUUGAUGGAAUUCCAGGUGUUCUGGGGGUGCAGGGACCACCCGGUUUUCCAGGUUUGAAGGGAGUAAAGGGAGAUCCAGGUGGUGUUAUUGGAGUACCCAUCCCUCUAAAAGGAGACAGGGGCUUGCCAGGACAACCCGGUUCACCAGGACAACAAGGAAAUACUGGACAACAAGGGCCAAUCGGCCCACCUGGACCAAUGGGACCUCCUGGAAGGUCUGGUGAACCUGGCCAAAAGGGAGAGCAGGGUGACAAGCUGACAUUUAUUGGUGAGAAAGGACAAAAGGGAGAAGGAGGUUUAACUGGUCCCCCUGGUCCACCAGGCAGACCAGAGGAACAAGAAGGCACUGAGACAAUUUAUAUACCUGGACAACCGGGUGAAAGAGGCUCUAACGGAGAUAAAGGAGAAAAGGGUUUUUGUGCACCACAUCAAUAUGGAAUCAAAGGUGAACCAGGACCACCAGGACCAAUCGGGAAACCAGGGAAAGAUGGACAGAAUGGAGAAAAGGGGGAUCGGGGCUCAGCUGGUACUCCUGGCUUUGAUGGCUUUAAGGGUGACAGAGGAGACAGAGGACCACCAGGAUAUGGUGGUGGUCGUCCUGGCCCUCUUGGUCCUCCUGGCCCCACUGGAGCACAAGGAGAGACAGGUUAUCCAGGAGAGCGUGGAGAUCCUGGACCCCCAGGCAGGUAUAUUCCUGGUCCUCCUGGAUCUCCUGGCUUCCCUGGAGAGAUUGGCCAUAAGGGAGAUAAAGGAGCUGAUGGACUGUCUCUUGAAGGUUCAAGAGGAACUGAUGGACAACCUGGCCCCCCUGGACCACCAGGACCGAUCAAUGAAGAAUGUAAUAUCGAAAAAGGAGCUCAAGGCCGACCUGGACCUCCUGGGUUGCAAGGAGAAAUAGGACAGAAAGGUGAUCAAGGUGAAACAUGCACAGCGUGCACUGCUUUUGGGCUACCAGGUUUGCCUGGUGCUCCAGGGCCAAAGGGUCAGAAAGGUUUUCCUGGACUAGAGGGGACUAAAGGAGAGAAGGGUGUGACAGGACCUCCUGGGCCUCUUGGAAUUACUGGCCAAGAUGGCUCUCCGGGAUUAAUGGGUGCCCCUGGCGCUCACGGUGAGCCUGGUGAUGUCUUUGUGGCUCCAGGGCUGAAAGGAGAUAAGGGUUUACCUGGUACUACUGGAGACAGAGGAUUCGCUGGUGUUGAUGGGCUCCCAGGAAAAGAUGGUUGGCCAGGGCAACCUGGACCCAAGGGAGAGCCUGCUAGAUUUGGUAUUAAGGGAGAUCGUGGCCUGGAUGGAGAUCAUGGUCUACCCGGCCCUCUGGGUGAGAGAGGUCCCCCAGGUCUUCCAGGCAUAGGUCGGCCAGGUGAACCUGGUGAAAAAGGCUCAGCAGGUUUGACUGGUGCACCAGGAAGGCCAGGAUUACCAGGAGCCAAAGGUGAAGUUGGUAAAAAUAUAAGUUUACCUGGACCUCAGGGUGCCGAAGGACCUCGUGGAGAGACUGGCAGACCUGGUCUUCAAGGUGACAGGGGUCUUCCAGGUGAACAUGGAGUUCAAGGAUUCCCAGGAGACAAAGGUGACCCUGGACUGCCGAGAAUUGGCCUUCCUGGGCCCCCAGGGCCAAAAGGAUACUCUGGGAUUCCAGGUCCUGCUGGGAUUCCAGGAGAGCCUGGUCGAACAGGUCAGGAUGGCUUGCCGGGUCGUGCAGGGACAUCUGGGCAAAAAGGUGAACCUGGCAGGGGUCUUCCUGGUCCUAAAGGUGCCAUAGGUCAGACAGGAGUGCCAGGAUUUCCAGGGGAGAAGGGUAAUUCUGGAAUGCCAGGGGUUCCUGGAACUGAGGGACUUACUGGGCAACCUGGACUACAGGGAAUCAAAGGUAACCCUGGGCCACCUGGAGCUCGUGGUGCGGUGGGGCCGCCAGGUACUCUAGGGCUUGGAGAACCUGGACCACCUGGACCAAUGGGGCCACCUGGAGGCCCUGGACCCCUUGGUCAGAUCGGUAUAAAGGGUGAGAAAGGUUAUCAAGGCCAACCUGGUUUAGUCAUGCCUGGAGCUCCAGGAGACAGGGGUAGCCCUGGUUCAAUGGGGCCAAAAGGUAUUAAAGGUGUUGGUGGGUCACUGGGUCACCCUGGAUCUAAGGGUGUUGAUGGCACCAAAGGAGAUAAAGGAGAUCCUGGUGCAGCAGGAAUAGGAAUCCCCGGUCCCCCUGGAGUGAAAGGAAAUGUUGGCACCCCUGGUUUCCCUGGUGAACCUGGACAUAGGGGACAGAAGGGUACAAUGGGCAUCCCAGGAAGCCCUGGAAUUCAAGGACUUAAAGGAGACACAGGAUUGAUUGGUUACCAAGGCAGUCCAGGGAAACCAGGUGAGAAAGGUGUCAGCGGGUUGCCGGGGUCUACAGGAGAACCUGGGUUUCAAGGACGUCCAGGUGAGCCUGGUCUACAGGGUCCACCAGGUCUGCCUGGGGAGAAAGGAAAACCAGGGGUAGAUGGCAUUCCUGGAUUUAUUGGAGCGAGAGGAGAACCUGGUAUACCUGGCAUAGGAUUGACAGGAGCCCACGGAGAACCUGGCAGCAAAGGUGACACAGGCAACCCUGGUCUUCCUGGCAUUCCCGGCAGUCCAGGUAUUCCUGGAACCAAAGGUGAGAAGGGUCUGCCAGGACUCCAAGGGGGCCAAGGAUGGCCUGGAGAGAGAGGACUUCCAGGAGCAUCCAUGGAUGGGCCUAAAGGAGACAGGGGAGCUCAGGGACAGCUGGGAGAAAAAGGUGCGACUGGUGAUCCAGGCCCAGCUGGCACACCAGGCAGUGCUGGAGCUAAAGGAGAAAAUGGAGAUGUGGGCUUCCCUGGCCCACAAGGCUCUCAAGGGUAUAGAGGAGACAAAGGUUUCACUGGUGCUCCUGGUGAGCCUGGGUUGCCUGGUUAUAAUGGACCAAAGGGUGAGACGGGACCACAGGGUGUUCCUGGUUUCCCUGGUAUAAAGGGUGAGAGAGGAGUGAUCGGUUCGAGGGGUGACGGAGGUGACAGAGGAUUCCCAGGUCUCAAAGGUAGCGAAGGCCCUCCUGGACCCCCUGGGCCACACACAUUUAUAAAGGGAGAUCCUGGUCUUCCAGGACCUCAGGGUCCCACAGGUCUAGUUGGAUUCCAAGGCAUCCCUGGACAGAAAGGACAACAGGGUAUGAUGGGAACUCAGGGUAUAAAAGGAUCCGAUGGAACACCUGGCUAUAAUGGACAUCCUGGUGCCAAAGGAGAGUCUGGACAAACUGGACCCUCUGGCCCCAGAGGGUACUCUGGACCUCAAGGGCCUAGUGGUCUCCCAGGUCGCAUCGGCCCUCCUGGCCCUUCCUCAAUGGACCACGGCUUCCUUGUAACCCGCCACAGUCAGACUGUUGAUGUUCCAUUAUGUCCAGAGGGAACAACGCCAAUCUAUGAUGGAUAUUCGCUGCUUUAUGUCCAGGGGAACGAGAGGUCACAUGGACAAGACCUAGGUACAGCUGGUAGCUAUUAA